UUCAUUUUCCUAAGCGCAUGCGUAUUAUACACGUCGACUAAACCACUAAACACGGUGUAAAAUGGCCGUCGUGUAAAAUUAUGACUGACUUUAUAAUGGAUAUAUCCUUAUAGGCCUAUGUUAGCAUUUGUGGACAAAGUUACAUGUAAAAGCAAUCAAAGAAUUGAAUGAACUGUUGUUUAGUGUUGAGCUGAGGGUAAUAAUAUUAUCAUGUCUGCUGAGGAGAGUGGUCAACUGCACGAUCCUGCUGGAGCGGCAUCGUACUUUAAUAAUGGCGUUCAAGAAUAUUUACAGGAAGAGCCAGGUAGGCAACAGCCUGAUCUAGUUGCUCCUGGAAAUGUUGGAAGCAGUCAACAAUCAGGAUAUCAUAACACGGGUGAAUUUGCUGGUGCCGCUUCCAACCAGCCGUUAUUUUACAAUCCGACAGAGUUGAAGAAUCAUGCAGGACAGGAGCAAUAUCAGGGACACUCCCAGCACGAUAGUCAACAUAAUGAGCAAUGGAAUUACAUUCCUCAUGCCGAUCCCAACGCACAGUGGCAUCAUCAGGACAUGCAUCAGCAAAACCUAGCUGCUAAUGUGCAACAGCAUGCACAGCUACAUGAACCAUCUGCUCACAUGUUCUACCAACAACCAGGUAGCAUGAAUAAUGAAUUUGAUAGCCCACAGGCUGUGGGUGAGAAUGUCGCACAAUUUGGUAAUGGACUAUCAAACUUUUUACAGAAUUACCCUGGUAAUAUCGAACAAGCUGAUAGGUAUGCUGCUGUAAGCUCUGGGGGAGAUCCACAUCCUUCACUUGGACAAUUUGCCAAGAAUGAACCAAAUUUAGAUGAGCCACAGCCUGUUGGGCAUGUUGAUCAACCCCUACCACAUGGGGAGGAGUAUAGAACUUGUGGUAAAAGCGUCCCUGAUAUUGUUUCAUAUUCUAAAGAUGGUAAUAUACUUUCAGGUCAGGAAUAUACAGAUGUUGUACCAAUGCAACAACAUCAACAGCACAGUUGGUUAGAAACACAUGGAACUGGGGUAUCUGUUACCCAACCUGGAUCAGAAGCACACAAUUUACAACCUUUUGAAAAUAUAGACUGCAAUAAUUUAGACAUAGCUAGAAGUCCUUCAGCCCAGGAGGGCCUAGACUUUGGUAGGUCAGAGCCUGAUCUAGCCCCACAUUCUGCAAUUCAUGGUGAACUUGUUAGAUUCGAACCAGACAGAAUGUGUCCAGAUCUUGGAAUGAGUUGUAUCUCACCUCAUCAACACAGUGAUCCUGGUUUGCCAGGUGAGCUUGUACCACAGGGCGGUGCUGACCACGAGGAUCUUGACAAAAGAAGUGAGCACAGUGGCAGUAGGAGCAGUUCUCUAAUGGGGUUGUCAGUAUCGGAGAGCUCCCAGUCUGGACAACACAGCCGCAGUAGUUCGCUCAUUUGUGAAGCAUCAAGUGAUAUUCAACAGCAUCAUCCACCAGAACAUUUGCAUACAUCUCUUGGUGAACCUACAGGUACACAAGAACCUGUUAACAUUCCAGAGGAAAUGCCUACCAAUGAUAAUUCACAUCAGUUACAGGCUCCCAUGGAGCCAAAUGGCCUUGCAAAUGUCAUUAACAAAGAAAUUUCAUCUCCAGAUCCUACCUCAGUGUCAAAAAGCUCUGGUGAAAGUGUCUGUGCUUCUGUCCUCGAACAAGAUAAAAUAGAUCACAGAUCCACAGAUCAGGAGAAAAAUAGCACUGCCAACUCUUCAUCAUUAUCUUCACAUUCCUAUCCUGCUGUUAAUCAAGUUGCACAACAGUAUGCAGCACAGCCUGUCCAUUUUCAGCCAAACACAGGAACAUCUACAAUGCAGGCUUCCUUUGUUCCAGAAAACAAAGAAGAUGACAAAAUAUCUGAGAAUUCUUCACCAUCAGACAUGCGUAUGCGGCACAAGUCUACAGAAGAGGUAGAUCAUCUAGUCCAAGGUGGUGCUCAUCCUAGUGCCUUCACCACUGUCAAAGGCCGUGGAGGUGCAACAGUACAGAAUAGAAUUAUGCCAUCACCACCCUUGUGGUCUACAGAAGUACCAGCUUUACCAACUAAUAUUCUGUUGACAGCAGCUUCUCCAGCCCCAAUCAGUAAACCUGUUUUACCUGCGACUGGAAUUCCUACAAGUAUACCAGGGCCAGCACCCCUACCAAUAGUAUUUUGCAGUACCAGUCAGACAAGUGUGGCACAGCCUACUGCCGUGCUAGGUUCAACUAAGCAAACAAUUGCUAGUUUAUCUACUGUCACCGAUUCGACUCCUCCAACAACAGCAUUCGUACCAUCAGUGCCAUCUUUACAGACAGUCCCAUCUCAAGAGAUUCCACAGACAGCUCCUCAACCGUUUGUAGCGAAAGCCAUGGUAAAUGUCGCACCACCUAAACCACUUCCAGCUUCUGCACUAGGUGUGCAGGCACCACCUUCUCUAGAAUAUCCUCCAGGAUACCCAAUAACCCAACCUCCUGUACCACUUAGUUUACCAUCUGGGCUAAGCUCACAACCUCAAUCUAGUAGUCUAGCAAGUUAUGUAACUCAGGGUGUGGCAAAUAUGAGUCUAGGUUCAGAGAGGCCUCAAAUGUCAGCUGCACAGCCUGCAAACUUGCAACAGCAGUAUCCAGGUGCUCAGAAUAAUGCCGCAAUGCCCCAGCAAGGUCUCCCACCGUAUGCUCAGUAUCCAGAAGGUUAUGCUCAGCAAGGUGGAAUUCACCAAGGUAGACCGAUACCUUAUCCCCAGUAUCCACCACAUCAGGGGCCAUAUGCACAAGGUCACAUUCCUGAAAGGUCAACAAGUCGUGGGCCAUAUGCUGGUUAUGGUAAUUCGCCAUAUAAUUCCUAUGGACAGCCAUAUGAUCCAUACUACAGCUAUAGGUAUGGCCAGACUGGAUAUAGGGCCUAUUAUGAUGAUUACUACUACAGACAACAGGAAUACGCUCGUAGAAGAUAUUCUGGUGCUCGUAGAUACACCGACUCUUACCAAGCUUUUUAUGAAAAUUCUAGACCACGAUCGCGACAAGGCACAGAAAGUCCAGGUUCAUCAAACAGUGAAGACAGGCCAAACUCACGGCAGGAACAAAGUCGAGAUGAGAGAGAUAAUUAUUCAAGCGAAGGUUAUUCCCGGAGAGGUUAUGAUGAAUAUGGACGACCAAUUGCAUAUGACAGAGCCCAUCGAAAUAGUUACUACUCCAGAGGUUACCAAUACGAUCCAUACCAGGAUCAAGAGUACAAGCGGUUGCAGCAAGAAUAUUACAAAGAAUAUUAUAGAUCACAACAGAAUACUAGCCGAGGGCUCUCAGAACAGAAUCAGGAACCAUCAACCAAUGACAGCUCAUUUGCCAGUAAUUUUCAUCACACAGGUGGCAACACACCAGAGAGAUACAACCAAGAUAUGAGUUCCAUUAGUGCGUCAGUUGACUCAAAUUAUUACCCCUUUGACGCUAAUCAAGAUGUUUCCCAACAGGUGAAAGCUGAAGAUACAUCAUACAGUACAGAAAAUAUGGAAGGCUCAUCAUGGACUCAACCUAAAGUACAAGAAGCACCACCACCAAGAAGGACCCCAACCAAGUUCUCGUUACCACACAUCUUGGGUCGUUUUAGCCCUGGAGGUCAUUUGGUGAAGGUCUUAGCUAAUGCUCCUGGUGAGGGGGCUACAGCCACGGUUGAAAUCCAUUCCAUCGAGGCAAUGCUAGACCACACGGCUGAGAGUCAAGAACUGAGGUCUUUCCCAGGACCUCUUGUAAGUAAUGAAACACAUAAAGGUGAUGUAAUAAAGUUCGCAAGCAAGAAAGUAAAGAGUUACCGCGAGGACACAAGUGCCAUCGACAAGGAGUCUGCUACACUGCUGUGGGAACUGAUGUUGCUAUUAUGUCGCUUGAAUGGGACUGUUGUAGGCCAAGACAUUUCAGAGCUUAUCUUGAAAAACCACCCAGUGCUAGGUUCAGAGGAAACAGAAGAGGUUGAUACCUCUGACGUAUCUAGUAGCACGCCUACAAACCUGAAACUAACCCAUCCUAAGAAGUCAGUAGAUGUUGAGAAAGAGACACUCAGAUUCAGAGAGCUCUUAUUGUUUGGAAGGAAAAAGGAUGCCCUUGAGAAUGCCAUAAGGUCAGGCCUCUGGGGCCAUGCACUGUUACUAGCCUGUAAGAUGGAUCAAAGAACACAUGCUAGUGUCAUGACAAGGUUUGCUAACAGUCUACCAAUGAAUGAUCCUCUGCAGACUUUAUACCAACUGAUGUCAAAUAGACAGCCAGCAGCAGUCAUGAGUUGUUCUGAUGUAAACUGGGGUGACUGGCGUCCUCAUUUGGCAAUGAUUUUAUCAAACUUGGGCACAAAUGCUGAGUUGGACAAGAAAAGCAUUAUAACUCUGGGUGAUUCGCUAGGCUCUCGGGGCUUAGUACAUGCAUCUCACUUCUGCUACUUGAUGGUACAGCUUGGCCUAGGAACAUAUAGUAAGAAAUCUUCAAAAAUGGUGCUAAUAGGAUCCAGCCAUGGGCUGGCAUUUAAUCAGUUCGCAACAAAUGAAGCAAUCCAGCAGACUGAAGUAUAUGAAUUUGCUCAGCAUUUAGCCAACAAACACUACACAAUGCCUAAUUACAAUGCCUACAAAUUUAUCUAUGCAUGCAGACUAGCUGAGCAUGGCUUCAUCACUGAAGCACUGCAUUACUGUGAAGUGAUAGCCAAAAGUAUUAUAUUUCUUCCAACCCACUACAGUGAAACCCUUGUUAGUCAAGUUUGUCAGAUGUCCGAUCGUCUGAAAUAUCAUGAUCUUCAGUACUUUGAUGGGCGUGAACUUACUCAGCCUCAGUGGUUAAAAGACCUAGAAGGCAUACAGCAACAAAUUAUGGAAGGUUCAAUACAGCCAGCAUCUAAUCCAGAGACACCGAUGCCAUGGGUGGAAUCCUUCACCAACUUAAGUAACCUAGCUGAGACAGAGGACACAGAAUCAACACCAUCAACGCAGUAUGAGCCUUUACCAUCACAUGAUGAACAGCAAAUACCAGGUAUGGAUAGCCAAGGUUUUUAUCAACCAGCAGACUUCCAAGAGAACCAGAAUGCUCCCACUCAGUAUGGUCAAGACUUAGCACCUAGUGGAGGCGGGCAUUUCUACCAGCCAUCUAAACAGGGAUAUGCAGGCUAUGAGGGUACAGACACAUAUGGCAACCAGCAUACAAGCACUCUAGCUUCAAUGAAUGUAGAUCCUGGUGCCUCAAUUGGUAGUACCAUCAGCGAAUACAGUUCCACCACCACAGAAGCAGAGGGUGAUACGGACUGGACGAACAGCAAUGCAUCUAAUUUUGAUUAUUAUGGAGCUACCACAUACAAUGCGACUUCCAAGAACAUUGACACACCAAGCACAAUGCCAUCUACGCCAAGUAACACAAUUACUCCUCCUGAAUCCCCAAGGACAAGAACACUUUCACAGAGCUCAAGCAACAAAGGGUCAGCACCUACCCCUGUAGCAAAGCAGAAACCUCAGCACAAGCAUUCGGAGCAGAAUUCAACUGUGAAACCAAAGGGUGGUGGCGGUAGCUGGUUCCGUGGUCUUUUCAGUCGGUUUGGUGGUAAAAACGAUGUUCACCUGCCAGAUGAUAGUGACAAAACAAUUGAAUGGGAUGAAAAGAAGCAAAAAUGGGUGAAUAAAGAUAGCGAUGGAGAUGAUAAUGAUGGUAUAGUUGCACCCCCACCGAGUGAUUCGCAGCUGUCUCAAACUUCCCCUCCUAGUGCGCUACCCGCCACCUCUGCAGCUAGUGUUAACAAAUUCUCAAAGAAACAUGUGGGGCGUAACUAUGUGGACUUUGUUAAGCAGCAAAGCGGUACAGUAUCAUCCAUAGCACCUCCUGCAGCUUUGUUCCCUACAAUACCAAACAGCAGUGCUCCCCCACUCAACUUCUUUAUGCCAACUCCAGCGGUUUCUACGACCAACAGUGAAAGCCAGCCUCAGGUAGGGAACCCGGGAUCACAGCCUCCUACCCCAGCUAGUGAACAUAGCGAUCUAUCGCCAGCUUCUCAGCAGCCUCAGUUCUUCAAUCCCAAUUCCUACAACAAUGGGCCAAGUACCAUGGGCCAGUUUCAAGGAUAUAAUAACACCCAAGUGCAAUCUCAAGAACCUCCUCAACCUGUAGAGGAAAAUCUGUCUCGUACUAGCUCCAUGAGUGACCUAUCCCAGGAGGUCAGUCAGCAUCUGGGCGGACAGGGACAGUCAAACCAAUGGGACUCAACAGCUUCAGCAGAGCCAACCGUACCUGCCAUACCGAUGAUGUUCAAUCCUCAGCAAUUCUCUCAACAGAGCUUCCAACCACCUAUGAUGCAACCAAGUCCCUCAACUUCUGGCCCGACCUCUAGAGCUUAUCGCCAACGAAGGCAGUACCCGACUCAGAAAUAACAAGAGAUGUUGAGUACAAAAUGCCUUACUGUUCUGAAGACUAGAUGGCAAUGGAAUGCUAUAAGACAACAUAGAUAAUUAUUUAAAUAAUGAAAUAUAUAUAAAAGAACAUUCGAAAUGCUUCCAAAUUAAAAUUUUGAAUGAUUGUGUAAAUUAUAUUGUGUUCAGAAUAAAUGUACUAUGUACUGUAACAAUACAUUACAUAACAUAAGCUUCAAAUAUGAAUAAAUAAAAAACAAGCUAAUUAGGUUGUAGUAUUAUGGAAGGGAUUACAAUGCUUCAUUGUUUUUACUGUACAAUAAUAAGAUGUGGAAGUUUAGCAUUUUAGAAUUCAGUGGAGUAAACUGUUAUAUAUUUAUGAUAACUGAGUGAUAUCAUGUAGAGCCAAGAAUGGCUACCAUUUGAAUUUGUUGACUCCAUUAAUUCUCAUUAAAUCUCUUAAUUUUAAAAUUUAUUCAUUGUAAGUGCACUGAACUUAAACAUACAGACUCAUUUUACAUUGUCUAAUUUUUUUAUUGUUAAAGACAACGCUAAUUGGUAAUUCUUGGAUAUUGUUGCUAAGGCAAGACUUUUUUUAUACCUUGCUUAUAUUUUAAAGAUCGUCAGAGGAGGGCGGAAAAAAUAUAGAAUAAUAUUUUUUUUUUUAGCAAAUGGUUUUCACAAAUACAUCUAGACGAAUGUGGAUAUAUAAAUAUAAUUUUGUUGUUGAAUGUAAACAGUGUAGUAAUGGGAAGGUUAGAUGCUUUAAAUUUAUAUAAUUAGGAAAAAGUAUACAUAUUUUAUUUUUGGAUAUUUAAAGGCAGUGGUGGGAAAGAAAAAGAAAGAGGAAAAGAAAACUUUAAUUUUUUAUGGAAUUCCCAUUUUUUCGUGGCAGCGGGUGUGCUAGUUGGCCAAAAACUAAAAUUUUAUUUUUAUUCGAAAUCAUCAUUAUUGACGGGUGUGGCGUGUUCAAGGUAUAAAAAAGGUCUUGACUAAGGUCCAUCAAAAUGACAGCUGAAACGUACAAUCGUAAAAUUGGUGAGUAUUCCUAUUUUAUAGCAUGUUCUGAUUGGUCAUUAUGACCAAUCGAGAAUCCAUUGUAUUUUUUUCUGCAAUAUGAAAGGCAGCAAGGUUUCUAUAUUAAAUUUCUACCGGAACAAACAAGAAGUUACCAAUAAAGGUAUGAUAAAUCACAAUUCAUCACAAAACAAAUAUAAUGAUCACUCCAAUAAUUAUAAUUUAUUAUGAAAUUAAAUAUAUUAAUUAUUUAGAAUGUUUUUUUUAAUUAAUUAAUUAGUCUAGUUUAUCAAACAUGAAGUUACAAAACACAUGAUACCUUGGUGGAGGGUAGGGCUGCUUUUGUUGACAUAGAUUAGUGUAAUUUGUGCAAUUGAUUUAGAAAUUUUACUUUUGCUUUAUUUCAUCCUGCAGUCUGCCUUGAUAGUACUUUUUUAAUUUGAGUGCUAUCUUGAUAUUGUUGUUAAGUGAAACAUUAAUAAUUAAACUUACACAGUAUGCUUAAAUUCGCAAUGAACAUCUGUUUAUUUUUUAUUAAUUAUGUGGUGUCAAAUUUGUUGGUUGUCCAUAUUUAUCUUUAUUUUAUUUAUGUUUUUUAAAGAUGUAAGUUUGAUUGCUUACAAAAAAGAACUUGAUAGAAGCAUGGUGGUGUUAAUAAAUCUCGUGUCAUUACAUUCAAUAUAAGGAAGUGUAUAAAGGUGGACAUGGUUUCUAUUGUUCUCUCAUUGUGCUCUUUAUUAGUUCCUGAUUCAUGCCUGGGAAAUGAAGUUAUAAAUAAUCUAUUUCCAAGUCUGUCAAAACAAUUUUUUAAAGGAGCUCUCUACGACCUUUUGUAAUUUUGAUUAGCUCAAAUUCAAAUAUUUCAUCCAUUUGUACAAUGAUCUGAACUCUAUCAUGCACUUGGCUAUCAUGUAUCAUCAGAUACACAGACGACAGUCAGAAUGUAAUGAAGACAUAGUUUUAAUUUUUCAUCCACUUAAUUCAGGAAAUCGUCCCAGCCAGUCUGUUAUUUGAUGGUUCUUGUAUAUGAUGAGUGUGUAUAGGAUGCAUUUCUCUUUGUACUCUUAGUAACUUCUUUGCUUAUUGUAGAGACUUGAAAUUGAUCAGUAUUUAGAAAAACAUCACUUAAGUUACACUUUUUUCAAUAUAAUUAUAAUUUCACCGAGAGUUGAAACCAUAACAUGAAUUUCAAGGUUUCAUUGUAGGCCUAAAUCAAGGUCAAUAAUCCCUGCUUGAUUCAUUAAUUUAUCUGUACACUAUUGUUAGAAGAAUUGUAAAUAUCUCAUUUAAAAACAUAUACAUUUAUUUGUAAAGUACAGUAUUGAUAUUAUAAUGUCCUGUAGGUAGAUACGCUUCAGCAUUUUGUUCACAGUACAUAAUUCAAAUGUGAAAUGAUUUUAUAAUGGAGAGGGUUCUUCUAAUAUUCUGGAUGUUACCAAAGUUCUCUAUCUGUGUAUUAUAAUAUGACAUCUGUAGGUGCCAUAUUAUUUAUGUUUAUUUUUUUAGUCGAAUAAUAAACAUUAUAUAAUGUUGACUUGCUCUGUGAAUCUAAUGUGCAUACGAUUCUAAUUUAUCUUAUUUAUUAAAUUGUUUUCAUAGAAUUUCCUUGGUGGGAUGUGUAUGGUUAAGUUCCACUUUUCAUUUAUUUGACUUAUUCACUAUAAAUUAUUUUGAGGACUUCUUGUAAAACACAAGGCGAUACCAAUCCAAGUCUACCACCCUUCCAGGAAUAGAUACUCAGCCUAUUUUGUUAUGUGAUUAGUUUCGGGUGUUCUUGUUUUUAUUAAUUAUUACUAUUACUUUGGUAUUCCAGUAUAUUUUGUUACGCAUUAUUUGUGGUACUACAGUACAAUGAAAUCCGAAUAUUGUGUUGAAUUUUUUGUUUCUUUUUUUUUUUUUAUGUUAAACAAUACAGAAUUCUUGUUAACGGUUAUCAUAUUUUGUGUUUAGACCUUUAUCUUGAAAUGUACAUUGUACGUGUAUUGUCACUUGGUCUCGUAUUGGUUGUGUAAUGUACAAUUGGCUUAGUACAGUCCUUAUGAAUUAUAUUUCUAAUCCAAAUCCAGAUUAUAAGGAAAAUUAAAACCAGAUUGAAAUUAGUUUUUUA